GUCCGUACUAAGAGAGCGCAGAUCAUGGCCAGAUAGGCUUGUUGGCAUGUGGUGUGGAAGCUGCCGGCAGCGUCAUCAGUAUAUCUUGCCCUCUUUCCCUUCUCUCUAUCCACUACCACUUGGUACCCCUCUCGACCUGCACACCUAAGCUUUUGCUACCUGAUCCUUUCAACUAUUGUUCAUAAUUUACGACUACACACACUCAACAUGACUGGCGCAAACUCUGGUCCCGGCCUUGGUGAUGCCAUCCGCAAGGGUGUGCACAUGGUUCAUGGCACUGGCGAAGCCAUCCGUGGCAAUGCAAUGUCCAUGGUCGACGAAGCAAGCGGUGACAAGGCGAGCGCAGUCAAGAACCAAGAGAUUGCCAACAAGGGAGUCGACGAAUGGGACAGUGGCUACCGCGGUCAUGUCACAAGUGCUGGUGUUGCUCCUACCAAUACCACUUCUACAUCUACAAACUACGGCCCACACGACUCCAACAUUGGCAACAAGCUGGACCCAAGAUUUGAUUCAGACACAGACCACAGGGGAACAGCAACCGGCUCUGCCAAUGCUGGUCCCCACUCGACCAACGUGGGCAACAAGCUUGACCCGCGCUUCGACUCUGAUCAAGAUCACCGAGCUGAUCCUACUUCUACAAUUGGUGCUGAUUUAUACACUUUUCUUCCUAUCCAGAAAACUGACGGCACUGAUGACAAAGAAAUCCACGGUCCCAACUCACCACAUGAGCACCGUGGCUCAAUAGGUGCAUUAUCCGGACUCGAAGCAGCCAACAAACUAGACCCCGUUUUCCCUGUCGGACCUGACGCCGAAUCAAUGAAGUAUAUAGAUCGCGUAAAUAUCCACCGUCUCCGUGGCUCGAUAGGCGGUGCCUCAGGCCUCCAGGCUGCUCAGAAGCUUGAUCCUCCCACUUUUGAGCCUGCGCAUGCCCCUGAUGAAGUGUUGGCUCGUGGACCAGGCCACAACCAACCUGAUCCGUCGUACUACCAUCUAAAGCCUAUGUACAAGAGCAAUGUCGCCAAGUCGCUCGAUCGAGGUGUCGGUGUUGAACAACUUCAGCAGCCAGAUAGCGCAACUACGGGGUCUAGAGCAAAUCCCAUUGAACGCAUUGCUGGGUCUGAUACGACCAAACGCGAGACAAGAUCAACGUCGACUAGUCAAAAGAGCGAACCUCGCUAACAAACUUUGCUUAAUCGGGAAUGAGAUAGCGGACCGACAACACUCUCUUAACAAGGAUUUGGCGUUACUUCAAAUCCCAAAAGAGGAAUAGUCCAAGCUAUAAGAACCGGCUUAUUGUGUACUAUAAAUGAGACGUAGCUAGUAUCAAGUUGAAAAAUCAACGGCCUUUCUUUAGAAUCUGCAACUAUACGUGAUUAUUCCUGGCUCAACCUUGCUAGUAGGUCGCAAUUAAGCCGGACCGGUAUGUUGUUGAGAAAAACACUUAAUUUUCUCUUAAUUUCCGCAGAUUCUCGGGCCGAGCAAUCGCUC